AUGAUUCUUAAUGUAAAUAUAUCAUGCCUCAAAGAGGCGCCCAAAGGGCCUGAUAUCACGGAACAGGGAGAAAAAGGUAUUUCUAUUGCAGAGCAAUGGCUCUUCGAACCUACAAAAGAUGUUUCGCAAUCUUCGGUAAAUUCUGAUGUUAUAGACUUACAAACUGAGAAUGUUUCGGCAUCUAAUAUAUCUGAUAUUACUCCAAAUUCUAGUCACUUUGUGACUGCCUCCGGCAAAGAUACUCAUGAACAGAUAGUCUCACCGGAGGAUCUUGACGAUUCUGAUGAAAUUGAGCUUACUAAAAACCAAAAUAUAGAAUUAGAUUUAAUACGAGAUUUACGGAAUAAUAUGCUUAUCGUUACACCUGAUCCUAUAGAAAUACCUCUCGAAGAUAUUUGA